CAUCUAAUAAAACGAGGUGCUUUAGUCUCUUGUUUAGUAAAUACGCUGAGAUAGGGUUUAUCAGUUUAUAACCUGUUGGAUUCCGGCCGUAUAUUUUUCAGUAUUAUAAGGUUUUGCAAGAUGAUUCGUGCCCAGGAUGUUUUGUUUACCAAGUAUUUGUACAUUACUUAUGUUGUAGGAUUGUAUUGGAUCGUUUCUAUAUCAAUGGUAUUUGUCAACAAAGCUUUACUAUCAAGUGAUAAAAUACAUCUUGAUGCUCCUCUUUUUAUUACAUGGUUCCAAUGCUUAACUUCAGUUGGAAUUUGUGUAACACUAAAGUUCCUUUCGAAAGUAUCACCAGAUAAGUUCUCAUUUCCAAAGGGAAAUCCUUUUUCUCGUGAUAUCAUUAAAAAAAUACUACCCUUGUCAUGUCUGUUUAUUGGCAUGAUAGCAAGCAAUAAUUUAUGUUUAAAGCAUGUUGGAGUUGCAUUUUAUUAUAUUGGUCGAUCUCUGACAACAGUAUUCAAUGUAGUUUUCACCUACUUAAUAUUGGGAGAGAAAACAUCAAAGAAGACAAUUGUUUGUUGCUUAAUUAUAAUUUUUGGAUUUUGGUUGGGUGUUGAUCAAGAAGGUGUGGCUGGAUCUUUAUCCAUUGUCGGGACCUUCUUUGGGGUUCUAGGAUCCUUGACUUUAUCACUAUAUUCGAUUCAAACUAAAAAAGUACUUCCUUUAGUAAAUCAAGAAAUUUGGUUGCUGUCUUACUACAAUAAUCUCUAUGGUGUUUUUCUUUUCAUACCAUUAAUGAUGAUCAAUGGAGAAUUAAAUGUUGUGUAUGAGUAUGACAGAAUAGCUGAUUUACAUUUUUGGGCUGCUAUGCUUUUAGGUGGUAUUUGUGGUUUUAGUAUUGGAUAUGUAACUAUGCUGCAAAUCCAAGUAACAUCUCCUUUAACUCAUAACAUUAGCGGAACAGCAAAAGCCUGUGCACAAACUGUUCUUGCUACUUAUUAUUAUAAUGAAAGUAAACCAUUUUUAUGGUGGUUAAGCAAUUUAAUAGUUCUUUGUGCAAGUGCUGGAUAUGCAAGGAUAAAACAAUUAAGCAUGGUUCAACAGAUGUCUAAAAAUAUUGCUUACAGUAAAGUGUGACAAAGUUCAAUAUAAUGAACGAAUAAAUUAUGACAGUUUAGUUAUAUAAAAAUCAAUUGUAAAUAUAUUGUAUAUGUAUACAGAUAUAAAUUAUAUGAAUAAAUUUUAACCAAUUUAAAAUAUUAGACCAAUU